UUUUAUUUCAAAAUAGAUUUUUUUCCCUAUGUUUUAUUGUAAUACUUCCUAUUGGCCGACAGGGGGAUGUGUUGAGCACAAGGGACUAUUAUUUAAUGGGACUAUCAGAAGAUUCUCCCCCAAAAAGCACACCAGGAGCCUUCCUUUUCAUGUUUAACUCUCUGCUUGGUCUUAAAGGGCAAAUUCCUUCAUAUAAAUCCAGUUUUAGAACAUUUUUAAAGAAUAAAUGUCGACAAAAAUCAGUUUGGAAAGACUGUAAAAGCGAGACUCAGCUCCUCCUUUGGCACCACACUACCCUCUUGUGGUUGAAAGUGCGCACUGCAACAGUAGUUUUGCAAACUGGUUGAAUGGUUGUCAGAAGUGCAGCCGCAGGAGCAGUUAGUCUGACCUAGUCCCGGACAUUUUUUCUGAAUCGUUUCCUUGAAAUAUGUCGUAACACCUGGCGAGCGCGGCAGCAGCGGAAGCAUCUUAAGGCAAACUCGGUCACAUGAUGCGCGGACGGACAGCUUCAUCCCCGAACACCUCAUCAGUAUGCAAACAGCUCAGGCUGCAAGAGAGAGAGAGAGUCUGUGACCACAGUUCCACCUCCUCUGACUCUGGGGAUCUGAAGAUGCCUCACAAGAGCAAAAAAGAGAAGGAGAAAUCUGGAGGUAAAAAUGUGCCUGCAGAUGACCAGGGCUCCAGUAAGAAAGUGCCUCCUCCAGCUCAGCUGAUGAGGGUGAAGCAGCCGGGGUCACACUCGGCUCUGAAGAGGGAGAAGAGGUUAAGCACUUCGACUUUCCCGCUCAGUGAUAACAGAGAGCUUCAGAAGCUGCCACCUCUCAGAGGUAACCGCCUUCCAGAUAAUUCGACAUUCUGAUCAGUUUAGAUGUAAAAUUGGAUCUUUGGUUUUCAUA